GCUAAAUAGAUACGUGAUAAAAACAACGCCAACUGGUUCAUCCCUUUUGGUUUAAAGGCUUUAAAGCGCCUGCCCUGCUUUGCUGCCUCCUUAACGGAAGGGGUCGCUGCUGCCCCUCCGCUCCCUCACCAGGCACCAUUCAUGAAUUAAACAACAUUAUUAGGGGGAGGGAGGGCAUAACUGGUUCAAGUCUGUCGCAUCUGAUUUUUCGCUCAGCGGACCGGAUGCGAGGGGCGAGGCAGCAGCCAGAUGUGUUCACCGCUGCAGGAGUGACUUCUCAUGGCUGAGCCCCCUGCUGAUGGUUUUGGUUUCAUGUCGAGCAGCAGGAGGAGGAGGAGGAGGAGGAGGCAGCAACUCGCUCCAGCUCACAACUCAAACAUGCUCCUCGCACUUUCUCGAUAUUUACGUGCUUCCGUCCAGAUCGAGUCACUCUGGUUUAAAUAGCUCGUAGCUUCCGUCUCUAUUUUUUUUUCUUUCUGACUGCUGAUAAAUGAAAAGGCAUCUGCGGAGCUGAGGCGCCGAUGGGGCAGUGAGUUAUGGCAGCAAAGGAGGAACUGUACGCCAAAGUGACACCGCGGAGGCAACGCCAGAACCGACCCAACACCAUCAAAAAUGGCUCCACUCUGGACGUGCUGCUGUCCAUGGGCUUCCCCAGAACCAGGGCAUUGAAAGCUCUGGUUUCAACAGGAGGAAAAAACGUGCAGGCAGCGUGCGACUGGCUCUUCUCCCAUCUUGAUGACCCCUUCCUGGACGACCCCCUGCCCAGAGAGUAUGUGUUGUACCUGCGACCCAGCGGACCUCUGCUGCAGCAGCUCUCCCACUUUUGGAAGCAGUCCCGCCUCUCCUGCGGGAAGAACAAGGCCCACAACAUCUUCCCUCACAUCACCCUCUGCCAGUUCUUCAUGUGUGCUGAUGAGAAGGUGGAGGCUCUGACUGACGCCCUCCAGACCACUGUGGCCAAGUGGAAGGGUCGCAUCCCUAUGCCGCUGCCCCUGGAGCUCUACGUCUCCUCAAGCUUCAUCGGCCUUUUCGUGGAGGAGCAGAUGGCCGAGGUUCUGAAGAGUUUUGCUGCAGACUUUGCAACAGAGGCAGCAGCUAAAGCAGAUGCCCACGUUGAGCCGCAUAAGAAGCAGCUUCAUGUCACCAUGGCAUACCACUUUCAUAGCAGCCACCUUCCAGUUCUGGAGAAAUUGUCCAAAGGCAUAGACGUGGCGGCAGGCUGUGAUUGGCUGGCCGUGCUCCUUUCCAGGGAUAUUCGCUUUGCUAACCACGAGACGCUUCAGGUCAUGUACCCGUACGUGCCUCAGAACGACGACGAGCUGGAGCUGCUGCAAGGGGACUUCAUCUUCAUGUCUCCAGUGGAGCAGAGCACUGCCAGUGAGGGCUGGGUGUUUGGGACCUCGCUGGGCACGGGGCUGUCUGGCCUGCUGCCUGAGAACUACAUCAGCCAUGCCGACGAGUCUGACACAUGGGUCGUUCAUGGCUCUCACUCCUUCCUCAACUGUGCCUCUCCAUCUACCUCUGGCCGGCCUGUGGGGGGGCUUUUAUUUGACGGACAGCUGAAUGACAGUCUGCUCGACACUCUUAUGGAUUCCUCCAGUUUCGCUGGACUCUGUCCUCCUUUACAGGUGUCGAGGCCGGCGGCUCAUUCCUCCUCGUCCAAGAUGAGGCUGUUUGUGUGUCGGCAUGGGGAGAGGAUGGACGUGGUGUUCGGCAAACACUGGGUCACCCAGUGCUUCGAUUCCAAAGGCGGAUACAUCCGUUCCAAUCUCAACAUGCCGUGCAGCCUGCCCACCAGGAGCGGAGGCCAUAGAGACUAUGAAAAAGAUUGUCCGAUUACUGUGUUUGGCUCCACCCAGGCCCGUCUAGUCGGUGAAGCUUUGUUAGAAAGCAACACAGCGAUAGACUUUGUUUACUGCUCUCCUUCUCUUCGCUGCAUCCAGACGGCCCAGAACAUCCUCCUAGGUCUGCAGCAGGAGGCGAAGACGAAAAUCCGCGUGGAGCCCGGUUUGUUUGAAUGGACCAAAUGGGUUCCGGGAACUUGCCUCCCUGCCUGGAUCCCACCUGUUGAUCUGGGUGCCGCUAACCUGAGUGUUGACACAACGUACAGACCUCAUAUUCCUGUAAGCAAACUGACAGUGUCGGAGUCCUACGAUACGUACAUCAGCAGGAGCUUCCAAGUGACCCGAGAGAUCCUGGCAGAGUGCAAAAGUCUUGGAAACACAGUCCUUAUUGUGGCCCAUGCUUCCUCCCUGGAGGCCUGCACCCGCCAAUUACAGGGCCUCAGCCCCCAAAACUCCAAGGACUUUAUCCAAGUUGUCCGAAAGAUUCCUUACUUGGGUUUUUGUGCUUGUGAAGAAAUGGGAGAGACAGGCGUGUGGCAGCUGGUCGACCCACCCAUCUUGCCUCUGACACAUGGACCCAAUCACAGUUUCAACUGGAGGGAAAUGCUAAUGCAGGACUGAAGGAUGUGCUGUUCCGCUCCCUAUCUUUUGUCAGCCUGAACUGCUGAAAGAUUAUUUAUUUUCUUUCCUUUUUUUUUUUACGUUUGUAGACUUCCAUCCAAACUACCGAAAGGACAAAGAAAAACACAACGUGGCUUCCAACGAAAGACAUUAUGCAAAAAAAAAA